UCACUGACACAUGUAGAGCACAAGCGACAAGCCGCGGAGAGACAUCAACGCGAGAGGACAGUUCCAAACAGUUCUCGCUUCAUCUAUGGACAUUACGGAAGAUAUUCCCGAACGCUCGUUUAACAAAACCGCAACCGAUCUUUCCAGUGAUAACCAGAACAUCCGAAAAGGUGGAACAGUGGAAAUACAAUCUGAAAACCCCAUUUGCUUGACUCUUUCGCAGCACUGAAGUAUUGUUGAGUUUGUUGGACUGUGCACGUUCUUUUUAUUGUCUACCGAGAAAACAGACUGCUGUACAUUUCUCACCAACCAUUCAGCCAUUGCAUUUCAAAUAGACACAAUGGUGAACCCUGGAGGAAGUGCCCAGCCCCCACCUGUUGGAGCGGGAUCUCUGUCGUGGAAGCGCUGCGCGGGCUGUGGGGGAAAGAUUGCCGACCGUUUUCUUCUGUAUGCCAUGGACAGCUAUUGGCACAGCCGCUGUCUCAAAUGUUCCUGCUGCCAGGCCCAGCUCGGAGAGAUCGGCACAUCCUGCUACACCAAGAGUGGCAUGAUCCUAUGUAGAAAUGACUACAUCAGGUUAUUUGGGAACAGUGGGGCGUGCAGUGCGUGUGGUCAGUCCAUCCCAGCCAGUGAACUGGUUAUGAGGGCACAGGGGAACGUGUACCAUCUCAAGUGUUUCACAUGUUCUACCUGCCGGAACCGGCUGGUCCCUGGUGACAGGUUUCACUACAUCAACGGCAGCUUGUUCUGCGAACACGACCGACCCACAGCACUCAUCAACGGCCAUUUGAGUUCACUGCAGACUAACCCUCUACUGCCUGACCAGAAAGUGUGUUAGGGUGUAGGUGUUGCUCAAAGCAGGAUGUGUGCCUUCAUUUCAGCCCCUCGCUCAUUGUCACCGAAGACCUUUUCGGAUCGGACCCCAUCCCACUCCUUUUCUCAAAUCUCCGCUACUCCAAACCAGAGCGCCAAUCUCAGGCUUGAGCUCCACCUUGACCUGCAGUAGCCAGAGCCCCACUUUCCCACCCUUUACUCCAAACUCCUGAAUCAUGAAUGGAAAAUACCCAUGAGGUCCUGGAGGGGGAAUACUGAGGACUCUAUGAACUGACCCAGGCGAGACCUCUGAUCCUGAGGGACUCAAAGACUGACACAGAGAGAGACCAGCUGGAGAG